AUGAGAAUAAUUCAUUUUUUUCCCGAUCUCAUCGCAGUAAUAUGUGUUGCGGCGGACUUUGAGCUUGUCACAGCCCUAAUGAACAUUUCAGAUGUCGACACACUUUUACAGACGCCUUUAAAUUUGUUUACAGAGAGCGACCGUCUACUGAUUAGUGACGGCUUCACUUUCACGAACACAAGCAAAACUGUCCGCGACGUACUUGAACUUUACCAAUUGGAUACACCCGCUGCCACACCCGGUUGUUUAGUCUUCUUCGACAAUGAAGGUAAUGAAAUUGCUAGAGAAGAUUCAGACACGAGCGAUUAUCCUGAGGCAAUUAUGACUAGCUACGAGGAUGCGCGUAAUCAGGCUCAAGAUCCCUCCAUUGAAGACGAUAAAGACGCAGUUGACGAGCAAUUGCUCUUGCAACAUGCUAAUGAGGUAUUGAAUGCGCUGCAGGAGAAGAACGAACUCGAAAAACGAGGAAACCCCACGAACUACAUCUGUGGAUUUAAUUGGGAUAACUGCAGAAGCUAUACCAAUUGCAAUAAAGAGUACUCGCCUGGAUCCGGGAUGCAGUGUAAGUGCAUUGGCGCGAAGAAAGGUCCUAAGGCGUGUCUCACAAGGAAGAAAUAA